AGGACAGUAACACGUUUUAUCGACCGUGUAGACAAAUGAACUAGCCACCUUUCUAGUAAAGGAUCCCUCGUGUAUUUUGUUUGUUUUUUAAAUUUUUACAUUUUUCUAUAUUGUUUUAAACCUCGAUGGCUGAAGAAGCCCGACAUGAGGAGGAGGGAGAGGGCAGAGAUCUGCGGGGCAACAGAAGCCAAACAGCAGAUCAUCUCGAGAGAACAAAGCAAGAUCAUUUACAUUCAAGCCAAGGACCCCUGUCUUCUAUACGAGCUGCUAUCAAACGAACAAAAACUAACUCCCAGAGUGAAAAUACCAGAGAAAGAAGGCGACCAGAGAUCACCAUCGUCUCAGCAGAACCUCUGGCCAGCAACAACUGGUUUCCCGGAAACACUGUGGUUUUCUCUCCUCGUCCUCAGUCAGACUGGGCUGCAGGCAUCCAGGCUGUUUCCCAGCCCCCACCAUCCUAUGACCAGGUGAUUCAAGAGAAGACCCAGGAAGAGCACAUUGUCAAGCCCACUGCAGCCCCCCGCCGGACCACCUGCACCGCCACAAGCGCCACACAGACUGACCCUACGAAGGAAGACACCUCCACCACUGUCCUCCAGUGUAGUGCUGCUCCACAGUCAGCAAAGAAAAGACCUGCUGGUAAAAAACCACAAAAACCACCAAGGCCAUCACUGCCCAAACCAGUGGACAGAGUACCGGCCACUGAAGCUGCCGAAAAGGUUGGAACUAUAGUAUCCACAAGCACAGAGGACCAAAGUGACUCCAAGUCAGAUGUAAAGCAACCCAACCAAGCAGAUUCCUCUCACACAAGCACCAGAUCUGUCACUGUACACUGGGAUAUUCCAUUAAAAUAUCUUGUUGCCCCUGCUGCUGCUGAAACUACUCCCUCUUCUCCAGACUCACAACACUGUGAACGCCCCGUUCCACUACCUCGUAAAAAAUCCAGAAAGCCGGCAAUUACAGAAGAGGUCAAAGUCCAGACUUUGGUCAAGCUCAGUGAAAAUUGUGACGACAUUGACUCUGAUCCUGAGGAGGUCACAUCUAAUAAAUAUUUACAGGAGUUAUUGGAGGUUUUUAGUGCCGUUAACGACUGUGAGGGGAACUGUGAUAUUGUUAACCAAUCAGACGAGGCUUUAGAAGGUGAAGAUGCUGAUGGCGAGAUGAAUCCCAACCACAGUCAACGCAACAUCCGGGCCAGGAUCCAGGCCUUUGAGAGCCAGGCAAGCACAGAGGAGGGAAAUGUGGUUGAACCAGCCAAACCAGAACCUCGACCUAGGAAGCCAUCCAUUAAACCUCCAGUUUCUGCCAAACCCUCUGUCGCUCUCAAACCGCAGUUUAAUCACAGUAUAUAUGAUGACAAUCAAAAUGUCUCAUCCACAAACAUCCCCUCAAACCCUACACCAGCCCCUAAACCUCAGCCCCCUAAGAAACCUGUGGGACAAUCUGUAAGAGAGGAACUGGAGAUUUUACACAGCAAGGUCCCCAUCCCAAACAGAUCACGUCCUUCUGUACUGACCAGAGCCAACAGCAUCUAUGAAGAGGAAACAUCUCCAGUUCCCCCAACACCUCCAGUGAAGCCUUUUAAGGAACCUCUGAAACCCAACCUUAAUAUAAACAAUCACAACUCAGCCUCCAUCGUCAGAGAGAAUGACUAUGUGAACAGUCCAUCAGAUCACAUCUUGGUCAAGCCUCAGCAUAAUGUGGACAGCAAUGGAGGCUCUUUCACCAGACAAAGUGUAACACGGAGACCAACCACCAUCAGGGUCCCCAGCAAAACUGGUUCAUUGUCGGAUAACUUUCAGGACAGUCCCCCUCCUCUUCCUACUCAGAAGCCUGUAGGCUACCUAAACACCUUAGUGAACCACACACAAAGCCCGACACCCAAUCUCCCCUCCCAGGAAUCUUUCCAGCAUGGACCAGAGCCAUCACUACCACCUCGGAGGCUGAGUAAAAGCAAAACCCUCCCACCUCGCCCACCUCCAGCCAAAAUAGGCCCAGGAAGACCUCCCCCACCCAGCGUUAAGGCCACGGGUCGAUCCCAUUCAGAAUCAUGGGAAGCGUCACCAAAACCCCAGGCAAAGAAGCCCCACAGGAAAGGACCUGUCUUACCUCCAAGGCCCUGCCCAGGCCACCGUCUCUACAACAAAUACACUCUUCAGCUUUCUCAUGGGAUUGCUGCCUUUGACUACAAUGGGAGUAACACAGGAGAACUGUCAUUUCAGAAAAAUGAAGUGCUUCUGCUGCUGGAGGAGAUUGACCACAAUACGUUUGAGUGCCAAGUCGGAGACACCAGAGGCAGAGUCCACAAGUCUCGCAUAAAGGUCAUAACUCCUCUUGACCCCGUCUCAAACAUGUCCCCACCACAGGAUGCUGGCUCAGGUGGAGGUGGUAAUGGGCUUAAGGUGCAGGCCAUACAUGACUUCACUCCAGAGGGUCCAGGAGAGCUGGGCCUGAGAGCAGGAGAUGUUGUGACCAUGGUGGAGCAGGUGGACAGUGAGUGGUACAGAGGCACCUGUAGGGGAUCUACUGGUUUCUUUCCUGCCAAUUAUGUCAAAGUCCUGUCAAAUUCACCAAAACCUCUUCCUGAACGGAAAGCAAAGCCACCAUCUGCAGCAGUCAGAGGUCCGAGAUGCGUGGCGAGGUUCGACUUCGAGGGGGAGCACAGCGACGAGCUGUCAUUCUCUGAGGGGGAUGUGAUCCAGCUGAAGGAGUUUUUUGGACAGGACUGGGCUCGGGGACAGAUCGGCACCUCUACUGGUAUCUUCCCUCUAAACUUCGUAGAGGUCAUUGAAGAUCUGCCUCCGCCCCCAAGUCAGCAGCAGACACAGUCCACCAGGAUAGCACUGCCUGGGAUGGUUGCUUCUCCAAGCACACCCCCUAAAGCUGCCAAACCUGCUCAGGCCGCCCCGGCCAGUGUGGAGUGGGUGGUGGCUCUGUAUGACUAUGCCGGGAAUUCUGACGGCGACCUGUCCUUUCAAAAGGGCGACUGCAUCCUAAUAACCCAGCACAUCGACUCUGAGUGGAGCUGCGGUCGGCUCAACGGCAGAGAGGGCAUGUUCCCCAGGACUUUUGUUGAGAGCAGCACAGGCCAGCAGUCAUCCAAUAACCAGCCGAGUGUAGCUGCUGGUGGCAGCAGAGCCAGGGCUAUGUUCGACUUCACGUCAGACUGUGAUGAGGAGCUCUCUCUGCAGGUUGGGGAUAUUAUAACCAAUCUGGAGUCCGUUGAUGAAGAAUGGCUCCUGGGGGAUCUGAGAGGGAAACGGGCCCUGGUACCUAAAAACUACGUUCAAGUACUGGGAUAGCGUCAUGUGUCUUUCAAUAGGACGAGAGAGGGGACACCGUUGGAUAACCAGAACUGAGAUUUGAAGACAUUUCUCUUCAACAGUAGAACGUCUGAAGUGAACUCUCUUAAACAGGAAUGCAGUAUUUCAUCUCCAAGUCGUGUAUCAUCUUUUUUCACCUGCUGCGAAAAAAUUAAGUGUUCACUGAUUAAUUUAUCAGUAAUAAAUAAAUAUUAGAAUAAAGCUGCAUGACCAUUUGAAUACCCUGGAUACUGAUUUACAUGCCUUUCUGGAUUCUGCACCAACUGUACAUUUGCACCAUCUAGUGGUUUGUCUCAUUUAUCUCCAUUACAUUGUGUACAAUAUGACGCUUACACCUUUUUGAUGAUACUUUUCCUUCAUACCCUGGUUUAUUGAUUUAAAUGGAAUUAGGUUCAAAUAAGGGUCAGACCACUGCAGAGAACAAAAAUUAUUGCUGCCAGAUCAGGAUUACCUUUUCAGAAGCCAAGUGGGGCUUUGCACUGCUUCACUAACACCCCCUUCGAUUUUUUUUACACAUUGUUUUAUUUCUGGAAGCAGCAGUUUCUCCUGGAUUUACUACACAUUGGAAACCUCCAACGCUGCUUAGUUUGAAGUUAUUUUUUACUAUUGUUUCAUCUCUUGCUUUUGUCUUGUGGACUUUGUAACAUGUUUUCAAAAAGUGCUUCAUAAAAUAUUUAUUGUAACACAAAA